AUGGCAGAGAAACUGAGUCGUAUUGGUUCCAUUCAACGGUUAAAUCAACAAAAGGCUGUGGGCAGUUAUUGUUACAGGAAGGUGUUGAUUGGGUGGUAUAAAGGGUUGGGGGAGAGUGAAGGUUGGCUUGAAGCCAUUGGCGCAGCUGAUGACGACGUUGUCGGACGAGAUUUGAUGGCCCCAAUCGGUGGUCGUGUUGUACGUUGGUGGCGGUGGAAGAAGAGAGUUAUUAGGCUGAUUAGGAAGACAGAUCGAGAGUUGUUGGCAUGCUUGGGUGCGGCGAGCACUGUUAUGUCGUCGAGAGAGCGGGUUUGGAGGUGUUUUUGGAGUGGCGAUGAGGACAUGCUGGUGAAGAUCAGCGAGAAACCAAGUAAACAGAAAGACGGUCUUCAUUUUCCUCUAUUCAGAGAUUCAGAGACUACGACAUCAAUGGCAAAGAAAAGCUCCAAGGUGGCCUGUGGAAGUUCAAAGAAGGCAGCUCGAAGGCCGGAACGAUUAAAGCCAUCCCCAUCUCAGAAAUCAUUACUUCUGGAAAAAGCAAAUGACAUUGCCGAUCAACUGCCAUUGAAAUAUCCUAAUUUUGUAAAGGUUAUGCUUCCCUCCCAUGUCUCUGGAGGCUUCUGGCUGGGUCUUCCAGCCAGAUUCUGCCAAAAACAUAUGGAGUCGAGCGACCAGGAUAUUACCUUAGAAGAUGAAGAUGGAGAAAAAUUCACAACCAAGUAUCUCGCUGGAAAGAUGGGGCUGAGUGCUGGAUGGAGAGGGUUUUCCUUGAAACACCGUCUGGUUCAGGGAUACGUAUUAGUCUUUCACAAAGUGGAGACUCAAAAGUUCAAGGUUUAUAUAUGUAAACCAAACACUACAAAACAGGUGAAGUUCGCUGCUGAUGUAUCUCAAACGGCAGUAAACGACACUCAAAUGGCGGUCGACACUCAAACCACAGCCUUCAAUAGUCCAACGUCAUCGGAACUUUCUGAAGAUUUAUUGUACAUUAUGGGAGAUCAUGAUGAGGGCAGUACAGAGGGUGGAGAUGUAUCCAGUUAUAUUGACGGUUUUGAAGAUAACAGUGAUUGUGUUCUUUUGGAAAGACCUGGGCUUCCGGAGUCUGCAGCCACUCCUUUCAAAGAAGUGACAUGCUUUGAUACGUUUAAGGUGAUGUUCAAUGGCCGGAACAUUAAUUCCCAGAUUCCCAAAGUCGUCUUGAAGAAGUAUUAUGAACUCUGCAGCAGUCAAAGCUCGCACCUGCAUCAACAUGUUGUGGAGUCUCUUAACAGCCAUCUGGUUGUUGGACUGAUAACUGAGACGGUUAACAUUGCAGAUGCAGUUAAGUCGUGCAAGAUUACUACCAAGGAGUGUGAGUUUCAGACAUGGGAAAAGACCUUGGAAGCCUCUGAGAUCUUAGGCAUGAAUGUCGGCUUCCUGCGCAUCCGAGUGAGGAGGCUUGCGAGUCUUGCAGCAGAGUCACUGCAGGUUGCUGCAAGUUUCAAAAAAGUGACAAAUGUGCCUUGGUGA